AUGUUCAGCACGGCAGCGCGGUUGACGGAGAGACAGGGGAGGAGCGGAACGCCACGUCUCGAGUACCUUCAGGCGCUAGUCACUGAGUUCCAAACGACUGAAAUCGAAGAAGCCAAAGAGCAGAUUGUUGCUAACCUAGCUAAUUUCGCCUACGACCCUGUCAACUAUGACUACUUGCGUAAGCUGAACGUGUUGGAGCUGUUUCUAGACUGUCUAACCGAGGAGAACACAAAGCUAAUUGACUUUGGCAUGGGAGGGCUCUGUAACGCCUCUGCAGAUGCAGUCAACGCAUCAGCAAUUGCCACAGCGGACAACAUCCCCCUUAUAAUCGAUCGCUUGUCAAGCCCAGUUGAGAGCACUGUCUUGUCUGCGCUUGCUUGCCGUUACUACAUUUGCACUCCUCGCACCCGAUCAUUAAUUCUGACUUCCAGCCUGCUUGAACGCGUCAACUGCUUUGCUGCCGAAUCCUGCCCCAAUCCCCGCGUUCGCAACCUCGCCAUUUGCUUCAUGAGGCAACACGUAGGGCCCGCCUCUGCUCCUGCUGCUAGUGAAUCACCAGGUUGGAUUCAACAAAACUAG